AGGCCGAUUCUAGAUCCCUCAGAGACGGACGAAACGCGCAUUCAUCCUAGAGGUGUAUACAGAAGGUUACGUGGCUGCCCGAGCUCGGGCCACGAGAAGCCGAUUCUAGCGCGGUGCUCAAGCGGCGCACGGACGUCGACCGCAUCGUCGUGCGGCUCGUGGCCACGCUCCCCGUGGACCAGACCGAGCACGGCGAGACGAUCCGCACCGUCGUCGAGCCCGUCGUGCGAUCCGUGGUCGACGACGACGCGGCCCUCGCGCUCAGCCGCGCGCUGGUCGGCGGCCCGACCUUUCUGGGGUUGGCGCUCGCCUUCGCUCCGGCGCACACAAAGCGCCGCGUGCUCGACGUCGCAGUCUGCGUCGGGCCCGCCGGCCUCGCUGCUCUGGCGGACGCCGGGCCGGCGGGUGACCUCCGCGCGGCCGCGGCCGCGCUCGCGGCAGCGCACGACGCCGACGCGUUACUCGCGGCUGGUCUGCGGAACUACCGCGCGGCGCGACCGCCGACGCCGCCCGACGCGGAGCCGGGGCCGGCGCUCGGCGCCGACAGCGACAGCGACACUGACAGCGACGACGCGGAGCCGGGACGGGGGCUCUCGCGCGAGGACAGCAUCGACCGCCUCGUCUCGCGGACAGCGUCUUAUUUCACGGCGCCUUGGAGUCGCGCGAUGGCGUCCUGGCGAGUAGAGUAUCGACGCGCAGGUCGCCGAGGCCAAGCGGGCGUGCAAGUUCGGGCCCAGCACGAGCGACGAGUCGCUCCCGGCGCUCGCGGCGCCGCCCGCGCCGCCCGCGCCCGCGGCGUCUCCGCCCGCGGCGCUGCCGCCGUCGGACGCGCCGACGCCGCCGAGCCGGACGUCCACGCCGCAGAGCCGCGCGGCAAAGACGCCGUUCGCGCGGCUCCGCCGCAGCCUGGGCGGCGCGCCCGCGCUGCUGUCGAUCCCGCCGCGCGCGGCGUCGUCGCCGGUCGCGACGCCGCCGACGCCUCCCCCGGCGCGACAGCGGUCGUCCUCGGAGGGCGAGCUCGGCGCGGCGUUCCGGGAGCGCGGCGAGCGCAUCGAGCGCGCGGGCCGCCAGGCCGACGGGCUCGCGGGCGCCGCGGGGGACUUCCGCGCGCUCGCGGCGGCGCGCCGCCGCCGCGCCGAGCAGCGGCGGAAGCGCUGGUUCUAAUAAAUAA